UCUCAACUCUGUUGAAUAGUGACAGACGACAUGAAAAUUGUAAACUUCCCGCGUAAACUGUGAUGUAAACAAAAUUGAAACAAAUUGCAUUAUUUUUACGUUUUAGUAAAUGUAGUGAUGACAAUGAGCAUUCUAAGCUCGAUUGUAAGAGGACAAUUGGGCUUGGAGAGAUCAUCAUAUUAUGACGUGGCUUUACAACGUCUUAAAUGUUAUAGUGAUGAUGUUUAUCGUGGUGUAACACCAAAUCCAGAUGCACCUGAUUUUACUGCCGAGCCACCAAUUUGCGCCUCUCAAUUUUGUCCCGUCACUGGUUAUGAGCAUUUUUUGGCUCUUGCCAAUGAAGAUGGAAAUAUUGCCCUUCAAGACACAACGCAAAAAGGCCGACCACACGAACAAUUACAAGGCUUUGGGGCACAUCGAAAUGCAAUUUUUGACUUGGCAUGGAUGCCAAAUGAAUUGAAGCUGGUGACAACUUCAGGCGAUCAUUCAGCACGAUUAUGGGACGUCUCGACGACGGAUUUUAAAUUAAUUCAAUCGUUCCUUGGACAUACACGUAGUGUAAAAAAUGUUGUUUUCAGAAGUGAAGAUAAUGCUGUAUUUGCAACUGGAGCACGAGAUGGAGUUAUUAUGAUUUGGGAUAUCAGAGCAAAUCACGGUACAAAUGCAAAACCUGAUAAUUCAAUUAUGAAUGCACACGCAACGGGUUCUGGCUCAUCAAAGGGACGAAAAUCUUUUACACCUGGAUCGCGAAAUCAAAGUAUCACUGGUCUUGCUUUUCAGGAUGAUUCUUCUCUUAUAUCGUGCUCAACGGGCGAUGGAUUAAUAAAAGUGUGGGAUUUACGUAAAAAUUACACAGUUCACAAAAAAGAUCCAGUAGCGAAACAUAUUUUAAAAUAUAAUGGCGGUAGUGUUUUAAAUGGAUUCACAUCGUUGAAAAUUUGUCCCUCGAGAAUGAAACUUUAUGCCAGUUGUCAGGAUAAUACUAUUUAUACUUACAAUAUUUCUUCCUACAAUCCAGAAUCAACUGCCGAAUAUUUUGGUUACGAGAAUAAAACGUUUUUCGUGAAAAUUUGCCUCAGUCCAGAUGGCAAAUAUUUAUUAAGUGGUUCAAGUGAUACUUAUGCAUAUAUCUGGCGAACGUCUAAGCCCGGAAGUCCUUUGGUUCGACUCACAGGACACGCUGCCGAAGUGACGUGUAUCGACUGGUGUAGCGUUGGCGAAACAAAACUUGUAACAUGCUCCGACGAUGGAUGCCAUAGAAUUUGGAGAGUAGGCUAUGAAAAUCGAGAGGACGAUAAGAGACAUGAUCUUCAUGGUCAAGCGGAAAAAGUGCCUGCCUCUGCUGUGUUUAUGCAAAGAACGCCAACAACUCGCAAACGACGAAUAUCGAAUCGCGAUAAAACGCCUUCAUCAACAAAUGGUCGUGCAAACUCCGAGGAUCGUUUAUCACUAAGCUGUGAUUCAUCGCAGGAGAAUAAACCCUGCAAUUCACAAAAACGAAAUCAUACAGAAAUGACGAACGGUGGUAAAAUUGUUUUAUCGCCAAUUUUAGAAAAUUGUGAAUCAACGGCAAAACGUGCACAUCUCGAGACACGUGGUGCUCGUCGUUUAUUUAGUCCUGAGACUAAAAAUUCAUCAAAAAAUACCGAAAUCGAUGAACCAGCUCCAAGUACAUCGAGACAGGCUGACAUUUGUGAUAUGCCAUUUUCACCAACGUCAAAUCUACCGAAUUUCGUCAUUGACGGAACGGCGCCACAUUUAAAUGAAUCGUCACCACGUAAAUAUAAAGAGAAUCUCGAUUGGUUGACAAAAAUUCGCAAAGAAAAAGAACAAAAAGCCAAAGGCUCUGCUGAAAAAAUAACGUCGUCAUCACCAAAAACACAAGUAACACCUGCUCGACGUUCAAGUCGAUCAAAAUCCAUGGAAUCACGUAGAGCAUCGCGAAGUCCCGCUGGACCAUUAUUGAAUUUUUUCCGUUCAUCAGCGAAUAAGGAGUGUGAAAAAAUGGUUCAAAAUAAAAAUGACGACGACACUACACCCGUUAAAAAAAAAUUGACAAAGCAAUAAUAAUAAUUUUUUUGCUUUUGACAAUAAUUAGCAGUAUUUUCUUUUUUUUUUUUAAAUUAAAGGACAAAAACAUGACUAAAAUUAUUAGUCUUGUUGCAUUUAUAUGUACAAAUUUGUUUAAGACUUUUUUUUUGCCUCCUAUUCUUUAAUGUUUUUUUUAGCAAAACUUCUGUCGAUAAGUAAAAAAAAAAAAAAAAUAUUUUUGUAGAAAAAAGGUUGUAUGACGUAAAAUGUUUAGGGUUUAUUUUUUUUUCCUUUUUUUUAUAUGAAAGUGUGCUUGUGUGAAUAAAAAAGAAAAAGAUUGUAUGUAUGUCAUUUAUAAGCGUGAAAUACUCGAAAAAAAAUUUUACGAAUAAAAAUUGUAUUCAUGAACGAAAUAAGAAAAUUUCAAGUAUAAAAAAAAAAAAAAAAAAAAAAAUGAGAAACAACUUGAAAAAACUGUUCACUAAGUAAUAAAUUAUAUUUUAAUAUUUUAUAUUUGUGAAAAAAAAAUUUUUAUAACGAAAAAAAAAAUAAAGUUAUAUAUAAAUCGU